AUUGCUCCAGGGGGCCGGGCCAUUUGGCAAAUGCACCCCCCACAAGGCUUGAAGGCCAUGCGACAGCUAAGCGAAGUCUGAGAUCAGCCCAUGAGUCUGACAGUGAGAGUCGGACUCAGAGCUUCAAAGCAGCGCCUCAAACGCAUCCUUCGAUAAGGUGAGCGCUAGGACGUUGCUUUCACUGCUUCAAUCGUCCAGAAAAAAGUGACUGGGGCAUUCAUACUCCUUGGGCGGCAAUGACGGCGGCCGGGGUCACUCAAGCGCAUGCCCUGAGUUCCCUCAGUUGUGGGCUUGCUGCCUACAUCCAGCCGUCCGCUCAGCCCUCUGGCACGAGACAGUAUGCAGGCCUUGCAGCAUCAACCUCGGGCCGGAGUUGCCAGGCAUCGAAGCCAUUCUUUGGCCCACAGUUGAGUGGGCCCAGCACGGAAAGGCAGUUUGGCGUGGGUGGGAGCAGAACGCUUACAGUUCAUGCAAUUGCCACAAAUGGGAGGUCUCCGGUGGUCCCAGCAAUGAGUCAAAACAACUGGAAUCUGAAUGAUCUGGGGCCACAGAUGCUCAAGGACAUAGCUGUGGAGAAGGCCAGGGCGGACAGCAGACUGAGGAUCUUCUCUGGGACGGCAAAUCCUCAGUUGGCCCAGGAGAUUGCAUGCUACAUGGGGCUCGACCUGAGCCCCAUCAAAAUCAAGAAGUUUGCGGAUGGCGAGAUCUACGUCCAGGUGCAGGAGUCCAUCCGCGGGUGCGACGUGUUUCUGGUGCAGCCGACGUGCCCCCCCGCCAACGACCACCUCAUGGAACUGCUCAUCAUGAUCGACGCCUGCCGCCGCGCCUCCGCUCGCAACAUCACGGCCGUCAUCCCCUACUUUGGCUAUGCCCGCGCGGACCGCAAGACGCAAGGUCGUGAAUCCAUCGCCGCUAAAUUGGUGGCGAAUCUCAUUACUGAGGCCGGGGCCAACCGCGUCCUGGCGUGCGAUCUGCACUCCGGCCAGGCCAUGGGCUACUUCGACAUCCCCGUCGACCAUGUGUAUGGACAGCCCGUCAUUCUGGACUAUCUAGCCAGCAAGAUGAUUUCCAGCAACGACCUGGUAGUUGUGUCGCCCGACGUCGGCGGCGUGGCGCGCGCACGCGCGUUCGCUAAGAAGCUCUCAGACGCGCCCCUUGCCAUCAUUGACAAGCGGAGGCAAAGCCACAACGUCGCUGAGGUGAUGAAUCUGAUCGGAGACGUCAAGGGCAAGGUUGCAGUCAUGGUUGAUGACAUGAUCGACACGGCUGGCACCAUCACCAAGGGCGCGGAACUGCUCCAUGCCGAGGGCGCCCGGGAAGUGUACGCAUGCUGCACGCACGGCGUCUUCAGCCCCCCUGCCGUGGAGCGUCUGUCCGGGGGGCUGUUCCAGGAGGUCAUCAUCACUAACACCAUCCCCCUGGCCCCCGAGAAUUAUUUCCCGCAGCUCACUAUCCUCUCGGUUGCAAACCUCCUUGGGGAGGCAGUGUGGAGGAUACACGACGACAGCUCGAUAAGCAGUAUCUUCAGGUAACGAGCCUGAUAAGGCAUUCUUUAAUGGGUUUAUUUAGUAGGACAGGAAAGUGGUCCGAUGUACUUUAGCUUAUGAUGUACCGGGACUUUAGGAAUAUAGAGCUUCAAUGUGUAUGCAGGAGCCCUACAUUUAUGAAGGCUUCUCUCUACAACCUUCUCACUUUGUCAUUGUUGGGGUGCUAGGCGCUCAAUCUGGCACAAUCAGAGCAUGCAGAAGUACACAGUGAAGAUGUAUUAUUCAGUGCACGUGCA